AUGCUCCCAAUGCACAAGUUUUCAGGAUAUUUGUCGAACGAAAGGAAAAUGAGUGACCUCUUAACAACAUUUUCGAAGAAGAUUGAGGUAGAUACCAUCAUCAGAGACACCUUCGAUAAGGUUGUGGUCCUCCGUUUUGGUCGUGCCUCUGACCUUACCUGUCUCCAGCUAGAUCACAUUCUUUCUAAGGCAGCAAGGGAUGUGUCUAAGUUUGCUACUGUGGCGUUGGUUGAUGUUGACUCCGAGGAGAUUCAAGUCUAUGUCAAGUAUUUUGACAUCACUUUGAUACCAUCUACAGUGUUUUUUUUCAAUGCCCAUCAUAUGAAAAUGGAUUAUGGGACUGCCGAUCAUACUAAAUGGAUUGGUUCUUUUCUCUCAAAACAAGACUUCAUAGAUGUUGUAGAGGCAAUAUUUAGAGGAGCGAUGAAGGGAAAGCUAAUUGUGAAUUCUCCCCUCCCGCCUGAACGUAUACCAAAGUUUCAGAUACUAUACAAGGAUGUCUGA